CCAAUCUAGUCAAACGACGGCUUGCAACAAACUGUGACCCUACCAAGUUGACAUUUGUGCGUAAAUCGAAAGGAAAAAAAAAACGAUGGACCUCCGAUUCCGCUGGGCCCGGGACCACUUGUGCCGGACGCUGGGCGUGUACGAGCCGCGCUACAUCGAGACGGUGCUGAACGAGUACUACGACGAGCUGGUGGCGUUCUUCGACGACGAAAUCGAGGACCACCGGGACGACCACAAGCGGAUCUUCUUCGCGUACCGGACCUUCUACGACAAGCUCGUCGAGGAAGCGGUCGUAGCGAUGCAACCGGUGGCGCCAACUCCCGCCUCGGAACCGGAACAAGCCCAAAAGGAGAAGAAGGGCAAGAAGACCAAAGUAACCAAAAAAGGCAAGGACGCCAAAGAGGACGAACCGCCGGAUGCGAGGCCGGAUCCGUCGGAUGCCACCGGAGGAGCUGCCAGCGAUAUCCCCGAGGCAGCACGUUCUGUAGGUCCUGCUGCCGCCGAGGAUGGCGAUGAUACGGGAAAGAAGAAGACAAAGGCGAAGAAAGGAAAGAAAGCUGAUGCCGACGGACCGGAGACGGCACUGGGGGCGGGUACUUCCGGCGAUAACGAGCUCGUUGAAGUAACUAAAAUCGUUUCCACCUCCAUUAAAACGCCCAUUGUGCACGUCUGCUUCGGAUUCAUCCCGGAAGACAAGCUGGAUCCGGCGGUGCGGUACGUGUACAUGAUCCGCCGGUACAGCACUUCAAUCGCGACCUUCUACAACCACGAGGACUGCAAGGCGGAGCUUCCCCGCUAUGUCCAGAUGGGCUGCAUGCGGGGAGGUCUCAUCGAGAACGUUAAGCAGCUGCUGGAGCGUAUCUACAAACCGGCCGUCGAGUUCCAGUUUCGGGAACCGUGCGUUGACCGACCUAAACCGGAAAAGGAAGAACGCACCACGGAUGAAGACCCCCUUCGUGUGGCCAGUCGGGCAAGCAUUGCUCUCAUCGACUACUCCAAACCGUCCGACUUUCGGAUGAAGGCCAUUCAGGCCGAAAAAGCGGGUCAACGCUCAGAAGACUCCCGUCUCGAGUUGAGCAGCGGACACUCGCUGAGCGAAACACCCAGCAGCGAAUCCAACCUAACCCAUACCAAAGCUUCCGAAGCUACCAUCGAGAGUGAACCCAAAGAGUCCCCUUCGGAAAAGUGGCAAAACCUCCUCGUUGAGACGGGCGUCAAAAUCGAAACGGAACACGACAAACUACGCAACGCUCCACCGAUGCGCGGCCCGAUGAAGGAGAACUUUGACCAGAACCUGGAUCGCUUCGUCGAAGUGCUCGACUGGACCAUCGACCACGUGCAGUUCGACUUUGGCAUGCCAACGCAGUACAACGCACCCGGCCAGGAGUCCAUCACUGUCGACGAGGAUAAGUUCAAGGUCAAGGUGGACAUCCACAAGACGACGGUCGAAGAGCUGACUACCUUGCAGCAGGAGGAGAUUGUCGAGGGUUGGUCGAUUUACAUCCGAAAGGUGCUCCGGGAGUCGAUGGAGCGCGAACCGGAGGAGAACACGCCGAUGGCCGAGUACGCGCUCUGGAUGGCACGGGAACUGGAGUACAACUCCAUCAUCGAGCAGCUGAAGUCACCGUUUGUGAUUCAGGUGUUUGAUGCCCUGAAGGACAACGAUGGCACCGUGAUGAAGGCUUGGCCAGCACUCUUCAAGGGCCUCAAGGAAGCGCUUUGUCUGGCCCGGGAAAACGUCGAACAUUUGGCCAUGCUGCAGAAGUACCUGCUGAAAAUCAAAAACGAGCAGGACUUUGCCUUCAUCCUGUCCAUUAUACCGAACGUAACGAUCAUCCUGCGGCACAUCUGGACCAUGUCGAACUACUACAGCAAGGACCGCCACAUGCUGACGCUGCUCGGCCAGAUCUCCUACGUGUUUGCGGAGAAAGUUAAAAUACUAAUUAAUGUUGAUACCAUUUUCAAGCACUCGGCGAGCACCGUGUUCCGCUGCGCCACUAACUGUGCCGAUAUGUUGCGCUCGUGGAAGCGCUCCUACAUGGAUACCCGCGCCCAGAUCGAGCGGUCCGGCAUCGGUUCCCGGUGGGAGUUUGACCGGAACGUGCUCUUCCGGGACGUGGACCACAUGACCCGCAUCAGCCAGGACACAGCCAAUGUGGCGAAGGUUUUCUUGGAGUUUGAGGCCAUGUUUGACCAUCACUUGAAGACGAUGAUCAGCGACCCGGAAGAAGUGGACAACAUUCUGAAAAAGGUUUAUCGGCUCAUCAAUCACAUCAUUUCGGUGGACUACGACAUCUUCGCGCCGAGCAACCUGGCGAACUGGGAGGCCACUCUGGAGUACUUUUACAAGGGCGUCGAACAGGUGGAGCACGAGGCCCGUACGGCCCUGGACCAGUGCAUCGGAGCGCUCAGGUCGGCCAACCUGGGCCUCGAGCUGAUCAAGAACCUGGACCAGAUGGAGACCCGGCCGUCGUUGGCGUGCCAUUUGUCAUCCAAGUACGAAAACAUUAUGAAACAAUUCCUGGCGGAAGUCGGCAUGGUCGAGCACGAGUUUCUGAAAAACAAAAGCAACCCCCCGCUGCAACGGAACCAGCCCCGCCACGUGGGCGCGGUCUUUUGGGAGCGCUCCCUGCUGGCCUUCAUCCGCAAAUCCAUGACAGCUUUUCGAGAGUUUGAAAGUUCACCACGAAUCACGGCAAAUCCGACUGCAGCCGGUGAUCCAAAAGCCCUAGUACGGAUGGGUGGAGGAGGCGACGAGGGCGGUCCGGAUUGUUCCCAGAAGCGGUCCGCCUUCAGCCAGUACAUUCAGCUGGUGAAGAACAUCCGGGAGUACGAGAAGGACAACUUUCAGGAAUUUACGGUCUACGGAACGCGCACCGUCAACAGCGUCCUCAAGCGGAACAUUCUGAAGCUGGAGUUUUGCGAGCCGAUCUACGAACUCGAACAGGAGAAACGCUCGGCACGGCUCAAGAAAGCGGACACCCUGGCCAAGGGUUCCCGGAAGCCGUCGGCUCUGAUGGCCGGCACCGAUCGGACCAAGUACUCGAACAUUGCGACGGCCGUCCGGUGGAUCGUGAACCGGCCCGAAUCGCAGAACCCGGAACUGACGCUGGCCCAGAAGCUGGUCCGGGCUUCCCGGAACACUCCCCCGCCUGGAUCGACUGGGACCAACACGCCAGCGACGACGACCAGUGGUGCCGGGGAGUUCAAGAUGCGACAGGCGCAACUGAUGGUGUCGGCAGUAACCCAGAAGCGGCUUCCCACGUGGCGCGAGGUGAUUGGUGACUCGGUUCUCAUUGAAUUCAAGCUAAAGUUCGCCGUAAAUUUCUCCUACGACAUAUUCGAUGUCAUCAGUGAAGGUCAGCAGUUUGAGUACCUGGGAUUCACGCUCUGCCCCGCCAUUAGGACCGCCAUUAUGCGAAAGGAACAACUAUUCACGGAUGUCGAGCACGUUACCAGAAUGGUGAACGAUUAUAACGAUAUGGUGCUCCGGCUGGCCGCUCCAGAGAUCCAUUUCCUGCGGGGUCACCUGUACGAAGUCGAAACAAUUAUUCAAGCCGGCUUAGGCAGAUUCACCUGGCAGUCGUUUAACAUCCAGUCGUACUGCGAGCGGUGCCAACAGUUUAUGAAGAGCCUCUCGUCGAUGGUGUGCCAGAUUGGCCACAUCAGCAACGAUAUCAAAUCGCGCAUCGAACGGUUGGAGUCAUUUGCCAUGUUUGAAUUUGACGCGAGCUCCAGUGCAGCUAAGGAGAAACGCUCAACGGCUGGGGAAAUUGUGCUGAAGACUCCGUCCCACUCCCGGGAUCAUCACCACGGUCACGGCCAUCAUCAUCAGGAAGGGUCUGCAAAGGUUGCGGAAGCUGAAGAGGAUGGCCAGCAGCAGCAGAUCGUCAAAAAGCCCAAGCGGGUUACCAUCCGUGAGGGUGUACCAGAUGAUGGAGUACGACCUUGUCGGGAUUUUUUCAAAGCACUGGAACAGGAACGCAACGCCAAAACUACCCGACUGAUUAAGCUGUACGACUCAAUUGGACCAAUACUGGUCAAAUUGGAAAGUCUGGUGCUGGGAACGUUCACCGGAGAGUGCCCCGAGAUGAAGUUCUACUACAACCACUGGGAAAAGCAUGUCUUUUCCUGCUUUACUCGGUUCGCCACCCGAAACUUGGAACGGUUUGCCCACGACCUGCUGCAGGAGCGACCCCUGUUCGAGGUGGACGCCACGCUGGCUGUUCCGGAGAUUCUAAUGAAGCCGAGUGCGGCCGAGGUGUACGGUAUUGCGAUCAACUCGGUGACAGAUUUUCUGCAGCGGUUGAAAAACUUCCGCCGCUGGAUGGCCGAGACGUGCCUGCCGUGUCCGGACACCAAGUGCGGCGAGGACGAAACAUUUACAUUUACCUUUUUCGAAGACGUCGUUCAGAUUCCGAAAGUUUGCGAACUUGUUAUAAACUUGCAACAAACUAUCCAGAAUUUAGUGGCCGAUGUUCUGGUGUAUUUAAAAUGCUGGCAAAAGUACAAGAGCCUCUGGAUGUACGAGAAGAUGAGCGUAUGCGAGCGCUUCCUAGCUCAGAACCUACCGCUGGCUCAGCUCGACGAGAAGUUCAUCUUCUACACGCAGAUCGUGAACGACCUGGAGCGACAUCGACCGUACCACGACAUCAAAUCGAUCCGGAUCAACCUGCAGCCGGUGAUACGGGCCAUCGUAGACCAUGCCGUCGAGUGGCGAAACACCCUCGGACACAUUCUGGGCGAUCGAACACGCCGCCAGAUGAUCGAGCUUAACGACCACAUGCAGAACCUCCGGACUGAGCUGGACCGGAACGUGAAGGAGUUGGCCCACUUCAAGAGCGUCAUGCAGACCAUCAACACAAUCCAGACGACGACGCUAACCGUGGAGUUGCGCAUUCACGAGAUGCAGGAGAUCUACAGCAUCAUGCAGGAGCAUCGGAUAAAGCUCCCUUUCGGCGACAUGCUGAUGGCGUACCAGCUGGAGAAGCGCUGGCGCAAACUCUUCAAUUCGGCGCUGUACCGGGCAAACAUGCUGCAAUCAACGAAGACAAAGUUUGCCGAGAUGACACAGAACGAGAUCAGUAUCUUUUGCUUUGAACUCAACAAAUUUGUCCAGCGGUACAAAAGCGAGGGUCCCGGGACGGUUGGGCUCGAUUUGGACCGCGGGGCUGAACUGAUGGAACUUUAUGGCAAGGAGUUUGAGACGAUGGAGAAGCAGCGUAUCGAACUAGAAAACGCGGAAAAACUCUUCGACAUCCCAUUAACGGAUUACAAUGAGUUUUUGCAGUGCAAACACGAGUACGAAGAAAUGCAAGUGGUUUACAGAAUGUACCUCCAGCAAAAGGUCGCCCGCGCCAAGUGGGGACAAACGUUGUGGGCUAACCUGAAUCCGCAGGCCCUCCUGGACGGUAUUGAUGUCUUCAUGAAGGAAUACCGCAAGCUACCUCGCCCGAUCCGCCAAACCCCCGUGGGCCAAGCGCUGGACACCAAAAUGAAGCAGUUCAAGUCUUCGAUCCCGCUGAUGCUGAGCCUGAAGGACGAAGCCCUGCGGGAACGCCACUGGCAGCUGCUAAUGGACAAAACCGGUCAGCACUUUGAUAUGGCGCCCGACCUGUUCACGCUGGACAACAUGUUCGCGAUGGAGUUGCACAAAUAUCAGGACAUUGCCGAAGAAAUCAUAAAUAACGCCAUCAAGGAGCUGUCAAUCGAACGGGGCGUCCAGGAAGUGGCGGAUAUCUGGGCCCAAAUGGCGUUCAACAUUAUCCCGUACGAGGGACGCGGCACCGGGGCGGAAGAUGCCGAAGGGAGUGGACGGUUCGUCCAGGGCGCCGUGGACGAGAUCAUGUUGACGCUGGAGGAGAACUCGAUGAAUCUGCAAUCGAUGGCGGCAUCACAAUUUAUUGGUCCCUUUCUGCCGACGGUCCAGCGGUGGGAGAAGCACUUGACACUGAUCUCCGAAAUCAUCGACGAGUGGCUGGCCGUCCAGCGGAAGUGGCUCUACCUGGAGGGAAUAUUUAUCGGUGGCGAUAUAAGUGCCCAAUUACCGGAAGAGGCGGAAAAAUUUAACAAGAUCGACCAGGAGUUUCAAGAGAUUAUGGCCGCCAGUGCCGCAAAUCCGCUUGCGGUGGACGUCUGUCUGGUGCCCGGACGGCUCGAGGACUUUCUACGGCUGGGGGCGGACCUGGACGGGUGUCAAAAGUCGCUGAACGACUACCUCGAGCACAAGCGGAUGCUGUUCCCCAGGUUCUACUUCAUCUCGACGGAAGAGCUAUUAUCCAUCCUUGGCAGCAGCGAACACACCAGCGUACAGGAGCACAUCAUUAAGAUGUUCGAUAACAUAAAAUCUUUACGAUUCGCUAAAGAUCGUUCCGAUACGCCGAUUGUCACCGCGAUGAUAUCGGCCGAGGGUGAAGUUAUGGAAUUCCAGCAGCAUGUUACCGUGGAGGAGCGCGUUGAACGCUGGAUGACCGAUGUCCUGACCGAGAUGAGGUCCACCAAUCGCUACAUCACGAAGAAGGCCAUCUACGACUACGGCAAGGACCGGGAACGGCCACGGCCCGACUGGAUCAUACAGUAUCAGGGUAUGGUCUGCUUGGCGGCCAACCAAGUUUGGUGGACGGCCGAGGUUGAGGAGGUGUUCGCCCGGGUCAAGAAGGGCAACAAGCGUGCCAUGAAGGAAUACCUGGAGGCCCAAAAUCGACAGCUAGACGACCUGGUCGUAAAAGUACGCGCUGACCUGUCACCAAACGAUCGACUCAAGUUCAAGACGAUUGCCACCAUCGACGUCCACGCCCGAGACAUCAUCGAAGGGUUCGUCCGGGACAGCAUCCUUGAUGCACAGGAGUUCGGCUGGGAAAGCCAGCUGAGAUUCUACUGGCUGCGAGAAAUGGACAACCUGUUUGUGGUCCAGUGCACAGGGAAAUUUGAUUACGGCUACGAGUACAUGGGCCUGAACGGGCGGCUGGUCAUCACGCCACUCACGGAUCGAAUCUAUCUGACCAUCACGCAAGCCCUUACGAUGAAGCUGGGCGCCGCGCCGGCCGGUCCGGCCGGUACGGGCAAAACGGAAACCACCAAGGAUCUGGCCAAAGCGAUGGCCCUGCUCUGCGUCGUGACCAACUGCGGCGAGGGCAUGGACUUUCGCGCCGUCGGCACCGUGUUGUCAGGACUGUCCCAGUGCGGCGCCUGGGGAUGCUUCGACGAGUUUAAUCGGAUUGAUAUCUCAGUGCUGAGCGUAAUCUCGACCCAGCUGCAAACCAUCCGGACGGCCCUGGUGGCGAACCAGCGGACGUUUAUGUUUGAGGGCUACGAGAUCAACCUGGACCCCAAGGUUGGCAUAUUUAUCACGAUGAACCCGGGCUACGCGGGUCGUACAGAGCUGCCAGAGUCAGUGAAGGCUCUGUUCCGACCGGUGACCUGUAUUAUGCCUGACCUGGAGCUGAUCUGUUUGAUAUCGCUGUUCUCGGACGGGUUCAUGCGGGCCAAGACGCUGGCCAAGAAGAUGACCGUAUUGUACAAGUUGGCUCGGGAGCAACUCUCCAAGCAGUACCACUACGAUUGGGGACUGCGCUCGUUGAAUGCUGUGCUGCGGAUGGCCGGUGUCAACAAACGAAAGUCUCCGGAAAUCUCGGAAACCGCAACCCUAAUGAGGACCCUGUUCGAUAUGAACUUUCCCAAGUUUGUGUUCGAUGACGUACCGCUGUUCAUGGGACUGAUGAAGGAUCUAUUCCCGGGGGUGGACUAUCCACGCGUCGGCUAUCCCGAGUUUACCGCCGAGGUGCGCAACGUCCUGGAAACCGACGGCUACAUCGUGCUGCAGAACCAGGUGGAGAAGGUUAUACAAUUAUACGAGACAAUGAUGACACGUCACUCAACCAUGAUUGUCGGUCCAACAAGUGGCGGAAAAACGGUUGUAAUAAAUACACUGAUCAAGGCGCAAACCAAUAUGGGCCUGCCGACCAAGUGCACCGUGCUGAAUCCGAAGGCUUGCUCGGUGGUCGAGCUGUACGGCUUUCUGGAUCCGAACACUCGCGACUGGAUUGAUGGACUCUUUUCCAACAUAUUUCGCGAAAUGAACCGACCGACGGAACGAGAUGAGCGCCGCUACGUGUGCUUUGACGGCGAUGUGGACGCCCUCUGGAUCGAAAACAUGAACUCGGUGAUGGACGACAACAAACUGCUGACCCUGGCCAACGGCGAACGCAUCCGGCUCAACAGCUACUGCGCCCUACUGUUCGAGGUCGGUGAUCUAGCGUACGCUUCGCCGGCCACGGUUUCCCGUGCCGGCAUGGUCUACCUGGAUCCAAAGAACCUUGGUUACGCGUGCUACUGGGAACGCUGGCACCGGGGACGGUACGAGGAGGAGAAGGAAAUGCUUACCCGAAUGUUCGACAAGAUUGUACCGCUGGCUAUUGACUAUAUCCUCGAGGGAGUUGACGGGAACAACCAGGAAGAUCCAUUGAAGCUGGUGAUACCACAGACGAAUCUCAACAUGGUAACCCAGUUGUGUUACUUUUACGAAGCCAUGUUCCCAAAGACGCCCAUAACCUGUCCUUAUGAAGAGGACGUUAUCGAGUGUGGAUUCAUCCAGUGUUUGUACGCGUCGCUGGGUGCGGCACUGCUGGAGGAAUCUCGACCGCGAUUCGACGACUUUAUCAAGCGGAAUCUAGAGAUGAUAAACUACGAGGACAGUGCUACGGCUCCGGCUAAAGCUGGACAGCUUCCGACGCUUAAACCAACGCUGUACGACUACUUCUUCGACAUGGAGAAGAAGGUUUGGCUUGCUUGGGAGUGGGUUGUUCCGCAGUACGUUCACAACCGGGAGAUGACCUUUGGGGAAAUUCUGGUUCCCACAGUAGACACGCUGCAAACCAAGUGGACUCUCAAAUCUAUGAACGACAUCCGCCACCCGAUUUUGCUGGUUGGCGAUACUGGAACGUCGAAAACGGCUGUUAUUUCCAACUUUUUGCGGGAACUCAAUCGAGAUACUUUUAUCAUCUUAAACAUCAACUUCUCCUCGCGAACCUCAUCGAUGGACGUGCAGAAAACGAUCGAAGCAUCGGUGGACAAGCGUACCAAAGACAUCUUCGGACCGCCGGUUGGCAAGAAGGUGGUAGCCUUCAUCGAUGACAUGAACAUGCCACAGGUAGACGACUACGGAACGCAACAGCCGAUCGCGCUGCUCAAGCUGCUGUUUGAGCGCGAAGGAAUGUACGACCGGACGAAGGAUCUCAGCUGGAAAAAGUUCAAGGAUAUGUCGUUUAUAGCUGCGAUGGGACGCGCCGGUGGUGGUCGUAACGACGUUGAUCCUCGCUUUAUAUCAAUGUUCUCUGUGUGUAACAUCGUUUUCCCUGGGGACACAACGCUGGCGCACAUCUACCGGUCGAUUCUGCGCGGACACCUCGAGACGUUCAACGAGAAGUUGCAAAGUGCCGCCGAUGUAGUCGUCGAGAUGACGUUGAAUUUAUUCAAAGUUUUGGUCGUGAAGCUACCGCCUACGCCGUCCAAGUUUCACUACAUUUUCAACUUGAAGGAUCUGUCGCGGAUCUACGCUGGGUUGCUGCAAAUACAUCCGACCUACUUCAAGGAGGUGCGGCACUUGGUCAGAGUGUGGCGAAACGAGUUUAACCGGGUAAUCUGUGAUCGGUUGAUCAACGUCCAGGACCAGGAACUGAUGGCGCUACACAUUGCUGAAGAAAUUCAGACUCAGUUCCCACCUCCCAAACCGGUAAUUAGUCGGAGGACCAUCAUGGUGGAAUCGAUUCCGGACGUACCACGAGGUGAUUCCAAAACCCAGGUCAACGAUCUACCAACGCCGGAGUAUGCUUUACGGGAUCCACUUUUGUUCGGAGACUACCGAAAUGCGGUCAACCUGGCAGAAACGCGCUUCUACGAGGAUUUGCUGGACUACGACGCGAUCUACUUCCUGUUUCAGGAGAUUCUGCUCGAGUACAACGAACAAAAGUCCCGCAUGAACUUGGUACUGUUCGAGGACUGCUUGGAGCACUUGACUAGAGUUCACCGGGCGCUUCGGAUGGAUCGAGGUCACGUCAUGCUAGUAGGAGUAGGAGGUUCCGGAAAGCAGAGCAUCGCUCAGUUGGCAGCGUUCGCCGCGGACUGUGAAGUCUUCCAGAUCGUGCUGAGCAGAGGUUACAACGAAAACUCGUUCCGUGAGGACCUGAAGCAGCUGUUUGUAAAUGUGGGCGUGAAGAACCAGAAAACAUGCUUCAUCUUCAAGGCUGCUCAAAUAGCGGAAGAAGGAUUCCUGGAGUUCAUAAAUAAUAUUUUAACCACUGGAAUGGUGCCAGCGCUGUUUACCGACGACGAGAAGGAUACGAUAAUUGGCCAGUGCCGGGGAGCGGCCAAGGAGCAGGGCUACGCCGUCUCCAAGGACGGCGUCUGGGCGUUUUUCCUGGAUCGGGCGGUCAAGAAUCUGCACGUUGUGCUGUGCAUGUCCCCCGAGGGCGAUGCCCUGCGGAACCGCUGCCGGAACUUUCCGGGACUGGUCGGCAGCACCACCAUCGAUUGGGUAUUUCCGUGGCCGGAGCAGGCCCUGUACGCCGUGGCCAAGGUGUUUCUCGCAGAUCAUGCCAAGAUUCCAGAUAUUCACCGGGAGCCCAUCAUUUCGCACAUCGUGCACGUCCAUCAAUCGCUCAAGCACUACACGCAGCAAUUUUUGCUCAAGCUACGCCGGAAAAACUUUGUCACGCCGAAGCACUAUCUGGACUUUAUCAAUACAUACCUGAAGUUGAUAGAGGAGAAAGAUAAUUUCAUCAUGCAACAGUGCUCCCGAUUAUCGGACGGAAUCGAGAAAAUUAAUGAAGCCUCACUUCAGAUUGAUCAGUUGAGCAUUCUCGUCGAGGAGCAGCGGAAGAACGUGGUCGAGGCGGCCCAGCGAUGCGAGCAAAUGCUGGUCGGAAUCGAAUCGUCUACCGAGAAGGCCAACUCGAAGAAAGCAGAAGCGUCGGAAAAGUCCACUGAAGUGGAACAGCAGAAGAAGGUCAUCACGGUGGAAAAGGCCGAAGCCGAGGAAGCACUGGCGGCAGCUAUGCCAGCUCUCGAAGUAGCUCGCCUUGCGCUGUCCGAUCUGGACAAGUCGGAUAUUACGGAAAUUCGAAGUUUUGCGACACCUCCGGAAGCGGUGCAGGUCGUGUGCGAAUGCGUGGCCAUCGUAAAGGGCUUCAAGGAAAUCUCCUGGAAGACAGCCAAAGGCAUGAUGUCCGAGGGAAACUUUCUGCGCAGCCUUCAAGAACUGGACUGCGACCAGAUCUCCCAAAAACAGGUGGCAAGCGUAAGAGCUCACAUGAAGAAAUCGCAAAAACUCGACGACAUGCAAUCGAUUUCGAAAGCCGGCUUUGGCCUGCUUAAGUUUGUACGAGCAGUGCUAGGAUACUGCGACGUUUAUCGCGAAGUAAAACCUAAGAAGGAUCGGGUAGCUUACCUGGAAGCUGAACUCGAUAGCCAAAUGAAGCUUCUCAACAAGCUGACCAAAGAAAUCAACAAGCUAGAAUCCGAGCUGAACGAACUUAACAAUCAGUAUGCGACGGCCAUCAAAGAGAAACAGAUGCUUCAGGAGAUGAUGGAGCAAGCCGAACGGAGAUUGCUUGCAGCCGAUAAAUUAAUCUCCGGACUGAGCUCCGAGCGUGAUCGUUGGAAGAUCGAACUAAGCAACCUUCAGAAUGACAAGACAAAAGUUGUGGGCACCUGUCUUCUAUCCGCAUCCUUUCUAGCUUACACUGGUCCAUUCUCCUGGGAGUUUCGCAACUCGAUCGUUUUCGAAGACUGGUUGGUUGACGUUCGAGGGCGUGAGAUUCCCUACGGCGAACCAUUCCGUAUCCACACUAGCUUGAGCAGUGACCUUGAAACAACCACGUGGGCCUCCGAAGGGCUACCACCGGAUGAGCUUUCCGUACAGAACGGCAUCCUGACUACGAGAGCAUCACGAUUUCCUCUCUGUAUUGAUCCUCAACAGCAAGCACUGCUGUGGAUCUUGAAGCGGGAAUCCGCGAACAACUUGAAGGUUCUCACGUUCAACGACAAGGAUUUUCUGAAGCAGCUGGAGAUGGCCAUCAAGUAUGGGAAUCCGGUUUUGUUUAAGGACGUUGAUGACUACAUCGACCCCGUUAUUGACAACAUUUUGGAGAAGAAUAUCAAGACUCAAGCCGGUCGCCAGUUUGUGAUGCUCGGUGACAAGGAAGUGGACGUGGACGCCAACUUCCGUAUGUAUCUGACGACGAAGCUGUCAAAUCCCAACUUUGAUCCGGCCGUGUACGCCAAAGCGCUGAUCAUCAACUACACGGUAACGAUGAGUGGACUGGAGGAUCAGCUGCUCAGCGUGGUAGUACGAGCCGAGCGACCCGAUCUGGAGGAACGUCGUGAAAGUUUGAUCGCGGAAACCAGCGCCAACAAGGUGUUGCUGAAGAACUUGGAAGAUUCACUGCUGCGGGAGCUGGCGACCUCCACCGGAAACAUGCUGGACAAUGUUGAGCUCGUCGAUACAUUGGAGAAUACUAAGGAGAAAGCGGCCGAAGUGUCGCAAAAGAUUAAGCUUGCCGAGGAAACCUCGGUGGACAUUGAAGUUUUGCGUAACGGGUAUCGCUUGGCCGCGCAACGUGGCGCCAUCUUGUACUUUGUGCUGUCGGAAAUGUCAGUCGUGAAUCCCAUGUACCAGUACUCACUGAGCUCGUAUCUGGAGGUGUUUGUGUACUCGCUUCGCAAAGCCGUUCCCGACAACAUCCUGGUGAAGCGGCUCAACAACAUAAUCGUGACGCUAACCCGCAAUGUGUACGAGUACGGCUGCAUCGGCUUCUUCGAGAAGCACAAGCUGCUGUUUUCGUUCCAGAUGACGGUCAAGCUGGAGCAGAGUCGCGGUAAGCUGACCCAGAUGGAGGUGGACUUUUUUGUGAAAGGUAACAUUGCGCUGGAAAAGUCGGAACGGUCGUGUCCGGCCAAGUGGAUAAGCGAUAAAGGUUGGCAGGAUCUGCUGCUGCUGGCAGAUCUGUUUCCGGACAAGUUUGGCCUGCUGCCGUCGCACGUGGAGCGGAAUAUUGCCGAGUGGACCAGUUGGUACGAUGUGGACGAUACUGAAGGAACUGACUACCCUGGGAACUUUGCGGAGAACAUGAAUGCUUACGAGCACCUCAUGGUGAUGCGAUGUUUCCGCGUGGACCGCGUCUACCGGCUGGUGAAUAACUACGUUUCCACCAUCAUGGGAGAGGAGUUUAUUACGCCGCCAAUCUUGAGUUUCGAUUCGAUUUACGAGCAAUCUUCCGCUACCACUCCAGUGGUCUUCAUCUUAAGCCCCGGUUCCGACCCUACAAAUGAUCUGAUGAAGCUAGCCGACCGCUGUGGCUUUGGUGGUACCCGCUUCCGGCACAUCUCGCUCGGUCAGGGUCAAGAACAGAAAGCACUCGCUCUGCUACAUCAAGCAAUCGAGCAAGGAUUGUGGUUAAUGCUUCAAAACGGUCACCUGCUCCUGAGCUUCAUUAAAACCUUAGAAAAACUGCUCGAUUCUGUCGCUAAACCCCAUCCGGACUUCCGGCUAUGGAUCACCACUGAAGCAACUUCGUCCUUCCCCAUCGGAAUCCUACAGAAAUCACUCAAAGUAGUAACGGAACCACCGAACGGACUCAAGAUGAACCUGCGAGCAACGUUCUUCAAGCUGCGCCAGCAAACGCUGGACGCAUGCACCCACCCAGCCUUCAAACCGCUUGCAUACGUUCUGGCGUUCUUCCACGCCGUACUGCAGGAGCGCCGCAAGUACGGCAAGCUGGGCUGGAACAUCAGCUACGAUUUUAAUGAGUCCGACUUUAGCGUCUGCCUGCAAAUUUUGGACACGUACCUAACGAAGGCACUCGCCCUGAACGAGACCCGACUGCCGUGGAACAGCCUGCAGUACCUGAUUGGCGAGGUCAUGUACGGAGGCCGUGUCAUCGACGACUUUGACCGACGCGUCGUCAAGACGUACAUGAACGAGUACAUGGGCGACUUCCUGUUUGACACGUUCCAGCCGUUCCACUUUUACCAGGAUGAAUUGGUGGACUACCGGAUCUUCGAGGUGGCCACGCGGGACGAGUUUGUAGCUUGCAUCGAUACGCUCCCCCUGACCAACACACCGGAAGUGUUUGGUCUGCACUCGAACGCCGAGAUUGGCUACUACACGAUUGCGGUCCGCGAGAUGUGGACCUACCUGAUUGACCUGCAGCCUCAGACGAUUUGCGCCAGGAGCCAACAGAGUAGUACAGAUCAUCGGGGUGCCGAAACGGGUGGCGUCAGCCGUGACGAGUUCAUCGACAAGGUAGCGGUGGAUAUCCUGAAAAAGCUGCCCAAACCGUUCGAAAUUUGGCGCGUCAAGAAGCAGUACCAGAUCAACAUCACCCCGGUGUGCGUGGUUCUGCUGCAGGAACUGGAGCGAUUCAACCGGCUGCUGGUCCGGAUGGAACGCACGCUGCAGAAUCUGCGGCGAGCGCUGGCCGGUGAGAUCGGCAUGGACGCGGUGCUGGACGGGAUCGGCGGGGCGCUGUUCAACGGGCUGCUGCCGGACGACUGGCGGAAUCUGGCACCGGCCACCUGUAAGCAGCUCGGCGAUUGGAUCGAACACCUGCUGCGGAGGAACCAGCAGUAUAAAUAUUGGUCAGUGUCUGGCGAACCGCUGGUGAUGUGGUUGUCGGGACUCCACAUACCGGAAAGUUAUUUAACCGCAUUAGUUCAGGUCGCCUGCCGGAAGAACAACUGGCCGUUGGAUCGCUCAACACUGUUCACCGCCGUGACGCGAUUCUUGAAGGAGGACGAAAUCGAGGAGCGACCCGAGGCGGGAUGCUACGUGACCGGGCUGUAUCUGGAGGGUGCCCGCUGGGACCCGGCCAAUCGUCGUCUGGCACGUUCCACUCCGAAGGUGCUGGUGGAACCACUGCCUGUGCUGUCCGUCGUCCCGGUCGAGGUGCACCGGCUCAAGCUACAAAACACAUUUCGCACGCCGGUCUACACGACGUCCCAGCGGCGGAACGCGAUGGGAGUUGGGCUGGUGUUUGAGGCCGAUCUGUACACCGAGGAACACGCCAGCCACUGGGUCCUUCAGGGUGUCUGUCUGAUUAUGAACACGGAUUGAUGGGCCGGGUCAAAGGAUCGGCAUUGAUGUUGAUAAUUUGUCAAUGUUACGUUUGUGAAUAAAUGAUAAUUGUUUAAUGU